GGCGCCGCCGGUGCGCGCCGCGUCUGGGGUGUUCCCUUCGCGGGCGGGCCGGGGGAGAGCGCCGCUGCCAGGAGCCUCCAUGGGGCGGCGCAGGGAGCGGUGACUGACUCGCCCUUCCCCAGCCGCCGAGAGACAGAGAGGAGCCCCCCCCCCUCCCCAGUCUCGGUCACCGGCGCCAGAAGGAGCCGAGCCCGGCCGCGGCUGCUCGUUUCCCGGGCUCUGCCCUGGAUGGUGCCCGGUCCUGCCGCGCGCGGGGCUCCCGGGCCGGGAUUGUAGCUCCCUAGCGCCGCUCCCUGCCUGCUGAUGUCGGCGUGGCUGAGCCGGGCGGCGCUGCGGCUGGGGCGGCCGGGGGGCCCCGCCGCCGCCGCCGCCGCCCCUUUCUGCCUGGGCUCCUUACGGGCCACCCUGCGCGCCGGGGCCGAGGGGCUGCGCCUUCCCCCGGCCUCGGGGCUGGCGCCGCCCGGCCGCCCGCGGGGGCUGGGCACCCACCCCAAGAAGGAGCCGAUCGAGGCGCUGAACACGGCGCAGGGCGCCCGCGACUUCAUCUACAGCCUGCACUCCACCGAGCGGAGCUGCCUGCUGCGGGAGCUGCACCGCUUCGAGUCCAUCGCCAUCGCGCAAGCAUCCAGAUACCCAAAACCACUGGUACCCUUUGAGAAGGCAACGAAGCGGGUAACAUCACCAGAGUCAACUAGUACUUUUGAGAAGUUGGAAGUUGCACCACCAUCCCCAGGACAGCUGAAACACGUGUUCUUCCACAAUGCAAUACCUUUUGUAGGGUUUGGAUUCUUGGAUAAUGCAAUUAUGAUUGCUGCGGGAACCCAAAUAGAAUUAUCAAUUGGAGUUGUCCUGGGAAUAACUACUAUGGCAGCUGCGGCUUUGGGAAAUCUUGUUUCAGAUUUAGCUGGACUUGGUCUUGCAGGCUAUGUUGAAGCUCUGGCUUCGAGAAUGGGCCUGUCAAUUCCGGAUCUGACACCCAAGCAAGCAGAUAUGUGGCAAACGCGUCUCAGUGCACACGUGGUAAAUAUAUUUAUUGACCAUGGCUGCCUUUUAGGAAUGUUUCUGUUCUUCUUUGGAGAUGAAGAAAAAAAACUGGAAGAGAAAAAUAACCUUUUUACAAUACAAAUAAAAAUGUAAAUAAUGUACCCUCAAUUAUUCACUUAUGCUGUCAGAAUAUUUAGGAAUUAACUGACAGUAACAAUGUAUAGACCUGGGAACAAAACAUUCAGCAUGUUGUUUUAUGGAUACACUAAUUUAUUGUGGCUUUGUCUUAUUCACACACAUUUGUUUAUAGAUACCCAUUUAGCUUUUUAUUUAAUGUAAGUUGUUGAAAUGUUUUCACUUAUAGUAGCAACUGACAUUUACUGAUUCCCUCUCACCUUCAUCUGGUAACAGGAUUAUUACUUAAUUGCCUGCUCUGGAUGUACUGUGUAGGUUUUGGGUUUUCACAGCUGCUGCCUAAUUUGUAAAUGCAUGCCAAAAAGGAUCCUUUAGCUGCUCAUCAGGUCCUCCAGUCCAGACUAUCAAUGGGGCCAGUUGGCAGGUGAUUUGGAAUGAUGUUGUUAAGCACUUUUGCAGUUUUUUCCUUUGAGCCAUUUCACAUUUCCUCAGGAUAGACCUGUUUCAGCAACCCCCCACUGUUUGGUUUGCACUCCUUCAUAAUUCUAGCUAAUGUGGCUUACAAACCAUCCAUUACAUGCCAUCACCUCUUGACAAGGUAAGUGUUUAUAGUGGUGCCUUGUUACCAGGUUCAUCCUUCAGAGUUUAUACACAGUCACCCAAUUCCCACCUCCCAGCAGUAUUUUGAGAAUCAAGUUUAAUGUUAGUGUGUGGAGUAUCCUUUCUUUCAUCUAACCACCCACUCAAAUAAGUUACGGCACCUACUUGCAGUAAGCAUAACUUUCCUCUCUUCCUGGACUUCAACCAAACUCCAGGAAUUCCAGCUGAGCCCCUAAUGGAGUAAUUAUGUGCUCUGAUAACUGGAUCAAAAUAAUAAAACUGUGUUUUGUACAGAAUAGCAGAUAGGCUGAGAAGAGCUGUAGACAAGGGAGGGAUUUCUUAAGAUGAAACUGGAAAAGGAGAGUUAUAUUUGAGGUGAUGAUACGUACAGGAAGUCUUUUCCAGAUGAGUGCACAGGACAAAAAAUGAGGUUGAACACUUCGUGCAAAGGGUAUGAACCAGUGCUGUGUUCUGUCCAAGAAAGAUAUAACUUGAAGAUCUGUUUCAGUCAAAUCAGAUUCCAGUGUGGCAACUCUGGACACUUUCCAGACCUGCCAGUUCUACAGGUUUCCCUGUAGACUACAGAUUUUCAAACCAUGAUAUGGAUUUGUGGGGAAUACCUCUAAUAUAUGGGGAAAUAGCCUCUCUUUGGUUGUUCUUUCCUAUUCAUUUGCGUCCUGGGGAACAAAAGCCAAUUGGAGCUGCUACACAAGCUGAUGGACAGUCUGAUCUUCAGUAUGUGGAGCACACAAGCUCUGAUCCACUAUCUGUUAGCUGGGUAAGCAAAGGCUUGAGGUCUGGUAGAGUGCUCAGCUCUUCAGUCUUAGAAUUGGCUGGGGAGCUGCUGCUUUCUGCCAGCUCUGCAGUUCCCCUUGACCUCCCCCAUCUGCCUACGUGCAUUUGCCCUCCAAUGAGUCUCUAGCCCCUGACAUCAACCUACCCACCCUGGCCCCAGCUCCCCUCUUAUCUUAGGAGUCUCUGGGAAAGGCCCUGAUGGCCUGCCCCCCCCCUCCAUAAAUCUUCAUGUUUUGGCUGACUUCCCAUCUCUAAUCUUUCGGUAGCUGAGAACAGGGAACCCACUGCCUCCCAAAUCCCAGAGCCCCACGGCCUUUAGAGGCAGGGACAUUGCAUCCCAGGCACUGAGCUCUGCUGACUUCAAUCAUACUGGCCAGGAGUAGCUCUACUCAGUAGGUCGGGUUUCCAUACCCACGUGAUGGGAAACCCCCUGUUGCUGGCAAACUCCUCCCCUGGGGGUGGAACUGUCUUCAGCAGCCAGGGCUGGAGCCAGCAGAGUUUAAUGCCUGCAGAGCCAGGGUGUGGAUUAGGCAGUGUCCCUCACUUGACAGUCCCCCAAACACUGGAGAUAGUGGGUAGCUGGUCCCUCCCAAAAGCAUAUAGGUGUGGGAAGCCAUUGCGGGGAGGAAUGGGGAGAGAGAGAAAACGAGGAAUCAUGCAUGGCAUGGUGUUUUAUGCCGGAAGGGAGAAUGGACAAUUUCAUCACGCCUGGGAUCCCCAUCCUUGCCCUGGGCUCUGUCUAUAAAUGGUGAAGCCUAUGGUAUGCUUUCCCUCUUCUUGUGUAAUGUGGGAGCUGGUUUAGUGGAGGGUUUUGUGGGUGAUGGGAUGACUGCAUGGAUUGAAUUGGGUAUGAGGUGCAGGGGUAUGUUUUUGUGUGUGUAAUGGGUGGGUGAGAUGUGUUCAGCACAGGUGGGUGGAACAUACAUGGGUGUGUGAAGUGAGCAUGUACAAUUGGUGGGUAUGGGGCUGCAUGCAUAGAAUGCAUGUGCAUUGUGUGUGUGUGUACGCAGAAUGAGUGGAAUGAAUGGGGGGGUUGGUGGAGGAGUGAGUUGUCUGGGUAGUAAUGAGUAAUGACGUUGGGUAGGAAGAUGGGAUGGAGUGAAAGUGGGUGUGAGAUGAAUGCUAGAUGAGAUGUAUGGAAUGAAUGUAUGAAGUGGGCAUGAGUAGAACAAAUGUAUCUGAAUUUAUGCAUAUUUAUGCAUGUUCAUACAACUAUGGCUAAAUUAAAAUCUACUGGGCUUUUUAUUUGCAAAUGUUUGCAGGCAUGGUUUCCUAAUUUAGAAACUUAAUAUGAUGAUCUCUCUCAAUCUUUCUGUUGAAAGCUAUCUUAAGAUGAAUGAGUGCACAUGCCAAAAAUGCUUAAACAGGUGGUUUCUCUGAUUAGUCAAAUGGCGGGGAGGGGGGAGGAGAAAAUCAGUCUGGAUUAGUGGAUCUGAUUUGCAGAAUAUAAUUCACAGUUAAAACUAGACCUUUGUUUAUUACUUUUGCUGUGAUGGCAUUUAUUGGAAAAGCAGAUUCGUGGGUUUUUUCCUUUUUUGCCUUAUUAAUUUUACUUAUUUGCAGCCCUGUAUAAUCUUUUUAUGUUUAUGUUGGUGAGUGAUGAGUUAUAGUUGCAAUUACCAUAUUAAAUAUUUUUAAUAUUUCCAUAUAUGACCCAUCUGUUCUAUAAUUUUAAAUUCCUUAUAGCCUACAAAGGAGAGGGUCCUCUCUAUGUAUAAUAUGGAAGAAGAUACCAAAAGCAGGGUAGACCUAGGGCACUUUAUUUUGGCAGCUUUGCAUUCUUAGAUGAGUUUUUCUAAUCUACAGAAAGAUAGUAACAAUUACAUUAAAUCCCAUGAAACUAAGUGUUUUGUUUGCUGUUGGAAAGACUUUAUUACAGCCCUUAUUUGUUUAACAUGUUUGAUUAGCAGCUCGCCUCCUGGGUGGUAAAUCUGAUCUCCCUCUUGACCACUUCCAGAGGCCCUGCCACAGCAGUACCAGCUCUUUAAUCCUAAUGGAUGAAGAAGGAACAAAGAAAUACGAUCAACUUGUUAAUAAGCUUUGAGAUAGUACUGAUAAAGUAGUGUCUCAAAACUGCACUUUGCACAAAAAGAUGACUUCUCAUAAACUUUCGGUUAGUAUCCCCUUAAUUAUGUAAUAUCAAUUCAAAUGUCCCUUGUUGUAGCAUAGUAUAAUCUUCCUUCCAGUAUAAGUUUGUGUUUUAUGUGGCGCUUGAAUGCUUUAAAAUUGAUCAUCCAGGUAGUUGUCUUGCCUGGAAAGGACACUUUGAUUUUCUUCCUCUGCAUAUGUAUUCAGUUUGCAAUAAGCUUUUCUUCUUUUGACUACUGUUUUCCUGUUUUUUUCUUUAAAAAGCUAUAAUUAGUCCCUUUAAUAUUUUUUUUAAGAUGGAGAACACAUAAAACACAUUUUGGAUAGCAAUCUAACUGUAUUUACAGUUAUUUUGCUAUGGACAUGACAUAAUUCAUCAAUUUAUGGGGGCCCUCUAAUUCUCAAAGUGUAACAUGUUGCUGAAGAUAAGUACCAAACUCUAAUGUAUAGUAUUUUGCACAGAAUAGUUUCAGCAGUGUUUCCCAUUACAAUAUUGGCAUUGACAUUUUUAGGCAAUACUCAAGCUUCUGUACUUCACUAACUGAUUUAAAAUUGGAACACUAACUUCAUUUUCAUUAUUUUGAGAGCUUGUAAGAACAAAUACAUAGCUAAAUUCAGCUGUCGUAGUAGUGCUCAUUUAAAAAUGACAAUAUUAACUCCAUGUACUAUUGUUUAUUACUUUGUGCAUGUACAUUGAGUGCAUUUUGUUGAUACUGUAUGGUAAACUAUUGUUCUGCAACAAGUGUUUUUAACAAGAAAAGAUGAACUAAAAGAUCUUCAAAGAAGUGAAUGUGAUUUUGUUUUAAAACUAUUGACCUGGCCAUGAAAAAGUAUAAUGGGCAGGCAACAUGUGGUUGGAAAUAGUCUUGGGUGUCUCAGUUCAGCCGUGGACAGGGAGAUCAUGAAGGUGACUCCCUAGGUCUCCCAGGAUUUGGGAAAGGAAUAGUGAAUGCUGUGGGUGAAAUCCUGCCACCUUUGUCACCAGUGGGGAAGUUCUCACAGUUUUCAAUGGGGCUAGAUGUCCCCCUGUAUGUGGGAUGGCUCAACAAGGCUACAAGAUUUAACCCUUUUGUGUACCUCAGUAGUGAGAAAAUAGGGUAUUUGCCUGAUCCAGAAUGAGGGAUUUGUGCAUAUUCAGUAUUAUGAAUCUCUCAGUAUGUGUUUUUAGUAAAUGAACAAGGGCAAUCCUGAGAACUCUGGCUCUGUUCUUAAAAACACAGAUCUGAAAAGACCAAGCAUAUAACAGAAGAACUACCAUGUUGUCCAUACAAGUUUUUUAAGAGACUUUGUUCUUACUCCAUUCAUUUAUUUCUAUCAGUUUUGUACUGUAUGUAAAAUGGGCCUUUAACAUUAAAAACUUGGUAGAUGUGAAAUUGUUUAUAUUCUGAAAUGAAAAGGAGUACUGUCUUUCAUUGUAACUUUAAAUUUCAUUAUCAGUGUGUUUUUAACAAAUGAUUCAAGUGAUUACUGUAGUUUGAGCCAUUCCUUUUGCUUCCAUUGCCCAUGAUAGAUUCAGAGACAGUUUUUAGAAAUAACCAGCAAAGAACAUGCAUUUGAUAAUAUGGUGUGUACCAAACUGGGAAAUAUCUUAUUUUUUAAGAAUAUUGUGCAUACCUCCGUGUGUUUAUGAUGAGUUACUUGCUAUGGGGUAAGAUCAAAAGGGGUUGUUAGAGGAACCAAGCAGGAAAAGGAAAACAAUCUCCUAGAUAAGGAAUGUCUCAGCAAAACAUAGUAGCCAGGUUAUUAGCUGUAGAGAAACAACUUACCUGGUGCCAACAAGCUUACACAGCUGCUUUGUCAAGGCUAAUGAGAAAGAUCAAAAGACCUCAGUCAAUUAAAGGAUUUGCUGAAAGAGAUGGGAGAGAGGCUUGUCAGCAGACUGAGGCUGACACACUGAUAAGACUGAGACAGAGAGGGUCUGUGAAGAUGCGAACUAACUCUCAGAGGGAGGUCUGGAAUAAGCUGGACCUACCUCAGCUAUGCAUAGAAAGGCUGCACAUCGGUAAAUCAGGAUACAUAUAGGACACUUUUUUUGCUUUAACUUCUUUUCCUAAAUGCUGAGUUCCCUUUGGCAAAUAAAUAUUACUUUGUUUUGAA